AUGCUGAGAAAUGACAGCACCCAGGAUCUUCAGUCCAUUCUCGCGACUGCUUCAGUCGCCUGCGAAAAUUGUUCCUUUGCCUCGCCGCUCAGGGUUGCAGGUACGCUUCGCCCGGGAGGACUGGAGGGGAUCCGACGAGCCCGCAAGGAUGCGCCGGCGCGUCACUGGGGAACCCAGCUGCAGCGCUCGCCGAACUGCGUCAGAAUCAGAAGCGCGCACCUCGUCGAAACUGUUUGUGCAAUUUGCCAGGAUCAACUCUGGCGUAUCCAGCGCCUUUGCGAUGAGAGACUCCAGGGGUUUGCCGACAAAAUCCGUUCCGUUUGCGGAGACAUCGUCGGCGAUGAAGCCCUUACCGCGCUGCAGGCCGCUUCGGGCUACGGGAAACUUGCGAAUCAGCGACUGAAAGACGUGAUCGAAGAGACCGUCGUUCGGUACAAAGAAAAGGAAAUCAACAGCUACAUUCGACGCGUAGCGGCCUUGGAAGCAAGCGAGGAACAUUUGCGGAGGGAAUUAGAGGAGAAGGACAUUCAAGCGAACAAAUCCAUCGAAAGGAUCGUGGGGAGCAACAAUGUCGGUUUGCGAACAAUCAUGCGAGAGGUCCACGAACUCCAGGCAACCUCAGCACACCAAGGAGCAGAGAUCGCACGACUCUCGAAAGACUGCGAACACUACAAAAAGCGCUACGAGCAAGCGAUGGAAGAGUCUAGUCAGUUCCAUGAGGAUCUGUUGAAGGCGAGCGCGAAGGAGGCGGCUCUAGAGGAGAAAUCGCGAGGUCUCGAAAGUCAGGUUUCUCAGCUGAAAUGCGAUUUAGCCGACACAAAAACCUGUCUAGAGGAGAGUGAAAAGCGCAGGACAGCGAUAGACUUGCGAAGCCAGCAGCUGGAGACAAGGCUAGAAGACUACAUGGACCGCGAGGCGAAGAAGCAUCAAGAGAUCGUUCAGAUGAUGGAUAAAAAGAUGAGCAUUGCCACGCUUCGAAUUUCUCAGUACCGCGAUCAACGGCAGAAGUUGAUAAACGAGUUGCGCCGAGGGAAGCAGCGCACCGAACAGUUGGACAAGCAUCUCCAGGAGAAGACGCGAACUGUCGAAGAACUCAAGUGCCAGGUUGACGUGAAGGACUGCGAACUGCAACAACUCCGAUCUGUCGCGGAACACGAGAAGACUCAUCUAGAUGUCCAUCUCCAGCAACUGACACAGGAAGCCCGUGCAGCUCGUGCAGAGUGCGCAGUGAAGGAGACGGCGCUGGACGAAACGCGGAAGGAGUUGAACGCGGUGAAGGCGCUCAACCAGCAACUAAAUCAGGAACUCGAGUGCCUUCGGACCGACCACGAAGUCCGGGAGGGCGAACUGCUUUGCAUGCGCAAGGCUCUGGAUCACCAAAAGACCCAAGUUGACGCGCUGCUCCAGGAGCGCGCACAAGCGAUCGAGACGCAUCGCGCAGCGCUCGAAAUAAAAGACGGCGAAGUUCAGCAGCUGCGGAAACGUUUGGAUCACCAGAAAACGGAGACCGAGCAGGAACUUCUGAAACACCAGCAAGAGGUUGAGAGCCUCAGACACGCGAACGACCUGAAAGAAAAGGAGACGGGUCACCUCCGGAAGCUCCUGGAGCAACAAAAACGCGACUGGGAAACCGACAUGCGCCAGAAAGACCACGACAUCGAGAUAAAACAGCAGGAACUGCAGAGGGCCAGAGAGACGGCAGAGAAGAAACAAGUGCAACUUGACGCGACCGUGCAGGAGUCCGAGCAGAAGGAGAGCGUGAUUGCCGAGUUGCGGGCCUCCGUUUCGGAGCUGAAACGAAGGUGCGAGGAACUUGUGAGCAGCCACCGUUUCGAGGUCGAGCGCGUGAACGAAGACUUUCACCGGGAGUUGACCGCGAAGCUGAGGGAGAAGGAAGAAGAGAAGGACUUCGAUCUGCGGCGGAAACUGGAAGACGCGCGUGAAGAAAUCCGAAAGUCGGAGUCUGAGGCGACGGAGAUGCAGCGGCGCAAGGCUGCAGCCGACCUCAAGCGCAUGCAGACGAUGAUCGUCACCUUGACGAAUCAGAAUCGGGGUCUCGUGAAGCAGUGUAAAUUGUUAGCUUCGAAGCUGGAAGAAUCGACGGGUAACAUCGAGAAGCUGAAGGACGCGCUGCAAGUGGAAAAAUGCAAGCUGUUGGAAAGUUCGGAGAAAGCGAGAGACGCAGGCCUGCUGCGUCAACGCGUCGCCGUUUUGGAGCGCAGUGUGAGUGACAACAAACAGCAGACCCAGAAUCUUGUUGUCGAGAGGAAUUCGCUGAAAGAAGACCGCGAUCGCCUCGACAGCGAGGCACAGAGCCUCAAACGAAGGUGCUCUGCGCUCCUGGAAAACUGCGAUACACUUGAAAGCCGUGUUGCUGGCCUCGAGAGCGAGGUCGUCACAUGCACGCAACAGUUGAGGGAGCGUGGGAACGACAUCAGUUUGCUGCAAGAAGAGAUCCGCGCGCGUGCAGAGGAGGCGAUGAUUUACAAAGACAACUUGAAGGUCAUCUGGUCCUCAGUCGUCGAGCACCUUCCAGUCAGAGAGAGAGAUCAAGAAGAAAUUUGUGUCUCGCAAAGAAUGUCGCCCUCAGCAGUCCGAAUGGUGCAUGCGCUUCUCAGCGAUGCUGUAGAUGAAGCGUGCGCGAGGGCUGUUGACAAAAUUGCGUCUGUAAAGUACAACAACAGAUUUCUCGCUUCUGCCCCCCACAACAUGCAUUUUGCGAUUGCUACACCCCCUGCUUUGUUCAAUUGCAGCGCCGAUGAGAAGGUGAAGACAGCGCAGGCCGAGGCAGCGCAAAUGAAACAGGAGAAGCUUGCGGAGCAGAGGAUGCGCACGAGUUUUGAGGAGCGGCUUCGAGCAAAGGAGAAAGAAGGUGCAAAACUGGAUAUCGCACUGGCCCUAGCGAAUGAAAAGCUUCUCGCGAGUGAACAAGAAUUGUGCAUGUACACCGCAUCGAAGACGCAAAUGCAAGAGAAGCUACGAACUCUCGAACAGGCGCUCGAUGAAGCACUGAAAGAGAAGACGGUCCUCACAAAGAGGACGGAGGGUCUCGAGCAAGAACUCGCUGCAAUCGCGGAUUCCAAAUCCGAGAUCCAUUCGCGAUUGGGAAUGCGAGAAAACGAGCUCGUGAAUAUCUGCAAGGAACGCAUGGAAAUCGAGGAACGCCUAAAAAGCUACGAGAGAGAGCUCGAUUCUCUCAAGACCGAGAACGCUCGACUGGAGGCAAAGGCGACAGCAAACCAGCGGGCUUUGUUGACCGAGAGGCAGAAGAAUGAGGACAUGCAAGCACUCGCCUUGGAGCUCGAGAGGAAAUGUCGCAACACCAAGAAGGAGUGCGAAGUGCUGCUCGAGGCGAAUAAAACGAACUCAGCCAACCUGAUGAAGCAGUCAGCCCGCAAAUUCCAGAGCGAGAUGCAGGCUCUCCAGUUGAGGCACCGAGAGGAGCUGGAAACUCGCGAAGUUGAGAGCAGACGCCUCUUGAAUUCGCGGAUCGAACAGCUUGCCGCCGAAACUGCUCGCCAGCAGGAGAGGCUCAUGGCUGAAGCUGAGGCGACAAGGCGAGAUCAGCAAACGGAGAUUCAACUCCUGAGGUAA